UCAUCGCUAGUUGAAAGUGUGACCGUACGCGUGUGGAGAACACAAACUAAUGGUGGAGCAAAACGAAUAAGGUAAAACUACGGAAUAAAAUGAUCUGUCGCCUGUGUCUAAACACGCUGGACGAGCAGAACGCCGUGCUGCUGUUCGGUGGCGCUGGCGGAGCCAGUGUGACCACUCCGGAGGACGAGGACGACGGGAAGGCGAUGCCGGAGAGCUACCUGGUCCAACUGAUCUCGAUUCACUUGUACCUCUGCCUCUCCCGCGACGAUGCCAUCUCCACCUGCAUUUGCACCGAGUGCUCCUCGCAACUGGAGAGCUUCCACAACUUCUGGAAGCUGGUUGAGCUCAAACAGACGACUCUGUGCAGCCAGUUUUUGGCAAUCGACUGCGAUGUCAACUGGUCGGAGGAGGGCACCGAAAUACAGCCGGAUGGGCAGCCUAUGCUUUUUGAGCCAGCUGAAGAGCCCAAAGCCGUGACUCCCACUACGGCCAAUAAGUUCCCCUGCAUGUUCUGCGAAAAAUCCUUCAAGAUGCGCCGCUACCUAGAGGAGCAUAUAGCAACACACACCGGCGACCGACCCAUUGCAUGUCCAUACUGCGAGAUGGCGUUCCGCUGCCGUUCGAAUAUGUACACCCACGUAAAAAGCAAGCACACUACACAGUGGCUGAAGGCACGCGAGGAGCGAGAUGCAGCCAAGUCAGGACAGAAUCACACGGCGCCAGAGGAGCCGACCUCUGCAGCCCAAGCUCCUGCUCCUGCAGUGGCUACUCCAUCUAUUAUCACUGCAAAUCAUAAUAUUUCUGAACAUCCUUCUGCAACUGUUCAUCACACAGAAGCUUCUCUAAACUCACCACUUAACCACCAACAGUUGCCCUUGUCCGUAAUAAAAAGCGAGCCUAGUGAGGCCAUCAACCUUUCCAUUACAAAGACACCACCAUCCGCCAGUCGGGGCUCACGCAAUCGGGCCAGUCGCCGCAAGACCCACUCACCCAAAAAGGUCCAGCACACAGAAGGCAGCGAUGCAAGCGACGAUGAUUCUCCCCAGAAAAGACUCAAGGAGAACGAGCUCAUACUGGCUAAUUACAAUGCAGUGACAGCGGCAGUCGUGGCAGCGGCUUCGCUCACGGGAAAUCCUCCAGUACAGACGGAUAGCCUGCAGCAGCGCCUGUGCGUGAGUCUCCUCCAGCAACAGCAACAGCAAGAACAGCUAUUUGCAGUAAUGUCGGCAACAGCUGCUGCAGCGGCGGCGGUAGGAUCGAGUAGUGCCACCACAACAACAACGACGUCUACAGGGGCAAUGCUCGCUCAUCCUUUUGGUCACCAGCCGUCAGAGGUGGAGAAACGACCAUCGGCUACGAUACAGGCCGUCAUCCAUGCCGCACCCGCCUCGGCCAUUUGUCCCAAUUGCGGGGAGCUUCCCGGACAGAAUCAUCGCUGCCUGAGCAAGCCGAAAUAUGCCUGCGAUGUGUGUGGAAAGUGUUUUAAGAUGAAGCGCUAUUUGGAGGAGCACUUCGCCACUCAUACGGGCGUAAAACUGCACACCUGCGCCUUCUGUCCCACGGAGUUCCGGUCCAAGUCGAACAUGUACCACCACACCAAGCGCAAGCACAAAGCGGAAUGGGAACGGUCGCGGGCCACCCGCUCGGCGGCCAAGGCGGGCAUCCAGGAGCAGGUACAGCAUGUCAGUCCGCCACAGGCUCAGCCAGGACCAGCUGCUGCUCUUUAGGAAAGCCAGGAGUCGGAGACAGUGCAGUCGUAGUUAUAGAACUUUACAAUUAUAUAAAUAUAUAUAUUUUUUGCAUAUUAGCCAUACAGAAUACCGAAUGUACUUAUCCGAAGUUUCGUGUACUCCACAAAGUCCCGGCGCCUCCUCGCCUGGCACCUAUUGUGUAUACUCUUCUCGUUCUCUAUAAUGCCUUAACCAGUUAAAUUGAAUCUGGUUAUAAAGUAAAUAUACAUUUCAACAAAA